CUGCGUUUACAGAGGAAGGUUGUAGAAAAUUUUCCUACAUUCGAAAUCGUCGAUGUGCAUGCAUAGUGAGCAGAAUACACGCAGCUCAUAAUUUGUCGGCUUGCUUCAUAGGGAUAGGCAGUGCUUGGUGUCACACGCGACACACACCAGAGGGACGAGCUUUAGGUGUGUCAUUCGAGGAGCACCUUGUAGAUCUGCCGACUUUUUUCCGCCAACAAGAUGGAGGAGCGGCUGGUCAGCAAGUUGGAGCGCGACCUGUUUGGUCUGGUGCGGCGGCUGCCCGUGGAGCAUGAGUUGCGCGCGACCAACAAAGGAAUCGACGCGGAGAAGUUUCGUUCGCUGCUCGAGACCGAGGGCGUGCCGAGUUUCCACCCCGUGCUGUUCGGCAAGGUCGUGGCAAAACUUCCCCCGGAGGGAAACGCAAGCAGUGUGAAUGUAACGCAAUGGCUGCGCAAGAACGGUGUCAUACAAUCAAAGGGCAAGAUCACGGGCGCACUGAACAAGGCCGCCCAGACGACCACCGGAACAAGCAGCGGCGCUGGGUCGUCUUCGAAGGAAACCAUGAGUUCGAAGAUAACGUUUUCCAGUUCCGGUGGCAGCAUCACGGGCGCCAUGGGCAAAGCGCGUGGUGGGGGCAAUAAGGAAAUCAUUAAAUCAGGAGCAGGAGGACCAGGACCACUCGCUGGGAACCGAACAGCUCCCAGCACGGUGAACAGCAAAAGGCACAGCAAAGAUCCGCCAGAAGAGCGCGUUGGGCGCCAGGCGAAGCCAGCGGCACGGCCGGUUCCGGUAAGUGGAGAGCUGCAGAGCGGCAGAUCAAAACUAUCCGCUGUGGAGCGCCGACCUUUGUCCGGUGUGCUGGAUAAGCAGGGCGGGUCAACAUCUGCAAAAUCGGGUGAAGCCGACACGUCUCUAGCGGUUGUACCACCGAUUCUCAACAUGGAAGAAACAUUGAACAGCCUCGCGACGCUCGAGCAACCGCCUGAAGAAGCAGCAAACACUGCGCCAGAGCAGAACACGCGCUUUUACCGGCCCGCGACGACGCCACGCUUCACGGAGCCGCUUUCCAUAGCGUCUUCUCCCGAGGGCGCGCCUUUAGCCAGCGAUGCUGGAGGAAAUAUUAACCAGUCGUGCGUCUCCUUCAACGCAGACAACGAGGUUUUGUUCGACUCCAAAACCGGAAUGUCGUCAACCUCAUCGCCCGGCACCGCGAACAAAAAGUCAAGAAGUCCCUCAAUGUCGCCGAAGUCGAAUCGCUCCGCGUCGUCGCCGGUACCGAGUAAAUCGCGAAGGAAGAUGAUGGAAAAAAGUUCGGCCGCGGGUAUUAAAACAAAAAACAAGGAACAGGAGGCGGCUGAGGAGUUCCUUUUCAACGCCUUUGCGGAUGGAAGUGAACGACUGGAGCGGCAGGAUGUGGGCGCUGCGUUUUUGCAGCGAGAUGUAGAUUUGGUCGGGAGUUUGACGGUUUCGCAGGCCCUCGCCAUGUUGGUUGACUUAGGUCUGGGGAGCGACCGCAAUUGCAUGGCGAUGCUACGCGAGGCAACGAGGGAGGCGAAAGAGAUUCCCUACGUCGCGUGGCUGCGCAAAUACGGAAAGAAGCGGCUAAUGGAGAAGCAGUCCGGUUUGCAUAUUUUUGGCAAUGGCUCUCCAGUGCCGGAACCCGCAGCUGCUCCUGUUUUCACUGCGGUGGAUCAACCCGUUGUGGCUGGCAUCACUGCUGCCGUCGCAGAGCACAUAGUUCCAGAAGCGGCCAGUGAGCAGAAUACUAAACCCACGCCGGCAGACGUUGUCGCAGCCGUCGCAGAGGCAACCGAACAAAAACUCGACGAGCCGGUUGUGCUGACCAGCAGAAAGGCUGGAGAAUCCCUUCCCGCAUCCCCGAACGUCGUCGUCGGUUUGCCGGUCUUGGAGGACGCCGACGACAACAACCUGGACGGUCUCUCCGAGCUGCUGCAGGCGACUGGCCAAGCGAAAUCCUCAACACCUGAGGCCAUCGGGAUUGCCAGUGCCGCCAGUCGUCAAGCGGUGGGCGACCUCGUGAGCAAGUCCCUGCUGAACGUGCAAGAAGUUGUUGUGCAGGUUGGCGAAGAGGAACGUGGCGACAGUUCUGCUUCGGCUUCCGCUACCGCACGACCUCUCGCGGGGUCGCUCUGCCGAAACUUCGCAGGCGAAACCGGUAGUAGUGGGUCGGUGGAAACAACGCCAAACAAUGUCAACAUUGUAGUGCCCUCGCAGACUCCUGCUGGUGCUUCCACACCGCCAGAAGUCGCGUCUUCGAACCGGGACCCAGCCCCGGAGGGCACUUCAGUCGAUCAGCCAGCCGCAGUGACAGAAACCGGCGCGGCCUCAAUCCCAGCGGGAGCAGCUGUACCGGGGACCACGAUCAUUCCACAGUUGUCACCGGGCGCUCCUGCUGACGCUGUCGAGUCAGUUGGUAGUCCGGUCGUAGUGGAAGAAACGGGCGGCGAAGACAACGCAGCCGGGGACAUGGAUGCGCCGGAAGUCACACAAGUUCCCGAAGUAGCGGUGGGCUCUGCAAACUCGACUCCGGCAAUUGUUCCGGAUGAGCGCCCGGAGCCGUCAGCAAUGACAGCGCAAGCGGUCGUCGCGCCACAAGCAACAGUAGCAAAUGAGCCUGCAGCUCCGUCCACAGUCACUCCAACUGCUGCACCGCUGCCCAAUUCAUCUAGCAGUGCUGCCACAGGAACUGCAAGUCCGGUAACAACAAGCCAGAGCGUAGCACCAGCUGUUGCGGAAAGCGUAACACUCGCUCCUGCAGCCACGACGACCACACGCAGGAAAACUCCACUGCCACCCGCAGACGACGGUCGUGCUCCUGCGAGCACAGGACCCGUGAGUGGAGCUUCGGGUCCUGUUCCUGCUGACGACGUCGUCUAUCCGCCCCAGGAAACAAGUGCAACAGCUGCAGCGGGUUCCUCUAGCAGCGGGCGGCCCGUUGUCGCAGAAGGCGAGGCGAUUACCGUGGCGUAUUGCAGUCACUCUGGGCCGCUGAAGGAGGACGAAGAGUACAUACUCGGAUUGGGUAUGAAGCUCGUUCUCACUCCGCCAAAGGUCGAGAACGGGAGUCGCAGCGUAUCUGAGAUAGAUCCCGCUGCGGAGGGGGACAUCGCACAUGGUACCGUCAUCCCCCCACCCGAUCCGGAAGACGAGAAGUUACCCCGCGUGCGCAUGGUUUCCGGUCCAGCAGCAGCCGCCACGGAUCCAAAGUAAUACACUUUCUGUCAGAGGUUGUAGUCGUAGUAAGAUACCUUCUGUCUUUUUGCUUGUCGUAUGCUUUUCGUAUUCUUUUCUGCAAUAUGUUGUGCCUAUCCUACAUGGCGGUAUCCAUAGUUUUCAGAGCAUUUUUCAUCACCAGUCGUCCUUUUUCUUCUCUAUGAUGAUGACGUGACUUUGAUGUAGCUUCCAGUUCCAAAAUCAAACAUGGAAACAGCUACUUCAUCCCAAUUUUCGCUGCAACGACAACUCCCGGAGUAAACCAAGACAACGGCGCAGCCUCAACUGCAGCAGCACCCGCGAUCGCCGGUGAUUCGCCCAAGGAGCCUAGUGCCAUAGAUGUCGUGAAAAUCAAGAAGAAGGACGAGGACCAGAUCACUGGAACUGACGUGGUGGCGGGGGACGAGACUCCGAAGCUCUUGCGGGACUCGAAGGAAAAUCCCUUUACCGAAAGGAGCAAAAUGGAAAAAACAGACACUCAACCAUCAGCUGUGCUCGCAAAUGCGAAUAAAAACACGACCAUUGGCACGACACCGAGCGCCGCCGACCUGUUGAUCGUGGAAAAACUCGCGCUGAUCUCCGAAAAGCUGGAUAAUCUGAUGAGACCUGCGGCACCGGCAGUCGAGCAGCCUGGUGAACAACAGAUUCAACUAGAGGCGGCGCUACAAAGCACACAACCCAUCCUCGACCCGCCUGUUUUCCUGGCACAAGAUCCGCCAGAAGUCGGAGCUGUCGUUGACGCUGCUUCGAAGAUGAAAGAAAACGAGAUAGCGGCCUCUUCAGCACCGGCAGAUGAGCAAGUGAAUUUGAACGACCUGGAGCCAGAGAAACUCCCCUCGAAACCUCUAUUCUACGAGGUGGAGCCUGUUUCUUCCUACUUGAGCGGCGUCCUAAAUUCCUACCGCAUUCCGGUGUAUGUCAGCGCCGCAAGAACUGUCCUGGCGGCGACCGUCGAGGGCAAUACGCUCUACACGGAAACGCUAACACUUCGUGAAGACAAAGCGGAGCAGCAGCAGCAGGACCUGCACCCAGUGCAGGAGCAAUUGUCGCAAACCUGGGAACAGCGACACGUGCCGAACCCCAACGUCCUGAACCCAAGCCGGUUCGGCCGCGAAGACUACUUCACUCACCGCGCCAUGUCCCUUGGGGCGGACGCGGUGGACUUCCGGUCCCCGCUCCGUUGGCUCUCCGCCCCACGCCUGAAGGAACUGAAAGCGCAUCCAGACGAGCGCGCGGCGCCCUGGCCGCUGGUGCCGGAGAAUUUGUCCACAUUUUCCCACCAGCUGGCGCACUUGGGGUUGUACUCGACCUCGGGGUCUAACGCCUGUCUGCUCGCGGCGUUGGUGGUGCUAGCUGACUUCCCGGAGCUGGUGCACCGCGUCUUCGCCAAUUGCCGCGAUAGCACGGAGGGGGAGCACUUUUACUUUCUGCGGCUCUACCUCCCGUCCGCGGAUUUCCUACCCGGCGAAGUAGCGGUCAAUGAUCGCAUACCCUGCUGCGCCACCGCCCAAACAGAAGCGGGCGAUUGGCAAAAUUGGCGACCAUGCUUCGGUAAUUUAUCAUGGAAACUUUUGUUGCUUUGCGGUUGCAAAUCCAAACGAUGCUACUAUUUCGCUUGUGAAUGGAUCCACUCAAAUAACUGCGCACAAAUGCAACCUAUCAGUAUUACGCCGGGAAAUAAUGGCACAGAACGGCACCUAAUCGAAAAUCAUGCAGGUCGCUACGGUGGUGCUCUGUGGCCUUACCUGCUCGAGAAAGCACUCGCCAAACUUUUCGGAUCCUACGCCAUGUUGAAUGGCAUCUCGCCCUGUCUCAUCUGGUCGGUGCUGACCGGCGGCAGCGGCUACCAGGUCUACUUCCCCUGGUCGCGCAAACAGGAGACUCUCGUGGACGUCUGGGGCGAGGGUCACUUGGGCGCCGACUCCCAUUUCACGGAGUGUACGUUUUGGGACGUCACCGAGAACGCGCUGUCCCCCGCCGCGAUUUGGGAAUCGCUCAAAUCCUUGACGCAGGAAGGUCAUCUCGUCGGCUGCAAUUUCAUCGCGCUGCAGGAGGGGUCGAACCUGUCGGCAUUUGGGCUGCUGGCCUACCAGUACUACAGCGUCGUCGAGUGCAAAGACAUCAUCCCCGCCGGGGGGCAGGAUCGCCAUCGCUUGUUGAAGGUACUAGUGAACUGAGAUGAAAGUACAAUUUUAAUGAAUCUGCCCCACGUGGUCGGUGUAUUCGCAUGGAACAGAGAACUCAAAGAAUUGCAGGACUGUGACUGCUCCUGCUUGUCGAACUUUUAUUUUGACUGAGUUUUAAUGUUGAAAUCCAAACGCGUAAAACACAGAUCCGGAACCCGUACUACAUGUUCGACGCGUACAGUGGGUCCCUGUCACGCGACGAGGAAUGGGUGAAGCUUGGUCGCGAGGUGACCCGGCAGUGCAAGCUUGGCCCGCAAUUCAUCGGCGAAGACGAGAUCGGUGCGUUUCUCGAACAGGUCUCGGACCCGACCACCUUUUGGAUGACUUGGCCCGAGUUCCAAUCUCUAGUUUACUCCGUCGUUUUCAGCGAAUUUCCGCUCCAGGGCCUGCUCGGUCGGUCCAAAGUGCGCACCUUGUCGCUGAUGGAGCAACCGGCGCCCGCGUCGGCGGUCGGUGCGGGAGGGCGUGGUGUGCUGGAGCAGAACCUGUAUUCCGGUGGUGCCUCCAAUAAGAGCGUUCGCUUCUCCGCUGAAGGUCCUGCAGCAGAACGAGACGGGGAGUACUUGAGUCAGGUCCGCGUGGGCGGAAACCAGUCCCGGUCCCCGACGCGGGCAGCGUUGCGCAGCAGCGGCGGCGUCGACUUGGCAACGAACCGCGGGCAGGGAGUGAUCGCGGACGCUGUUUCCGGAAUGAUACCAAGGCAGCCCCUGGUUUUAUCCGCAGACAUUCCGUCCGCCGCAUCCCGCCCCCGGGCGCGCACGGGCAGCAGCAAUCUGGCUGCCGAUUUCGCUGUCGGAGCACCUCCAGCAUCUCUGACUUCAACUACGUUCAACAUCACAAACAAGCCCGGUCCUGCGCCAGCAUCGAGCUCGACCUACGCGAAAUCGCCUCCUGGAAGUCCGUCGGCAAGGAUUUACGGGGACGCGCUGCGAGGCGUCAGCACUAGCGGCGAAAACGCGACAGCCUUUGGUGGCAAGCCGGUUGCGUAUCCAGCGAAGGCGAACCUGCUGGUUCGUUCGCCGGCCAGGCUUCCGGGCUUGUACAGCGCACCCUCUAUGUCGGCCUCGAGCAAUAACUACAACCUCGCAAAUCCGGCUGCCACUGUCCAGAUGCCGUCUACAGCUUCUGCCAUGGCCAGAAUAGACGAAAAUACAACGGCGAACAGCGAAGUGCUGCAAACCAGCUACCACUACACAGGGGGUCAGCCGACCAGCGUUGUCGCGCCGAUGGAAUUACAGAGUCAAGUAGCUCUGCCCUCAGCAGUUUUGCCCCCUCCAAGUGGUGCGAAUUACAACAAUAAAGCCGCGUCUUCUCAUUACAUCGCCCCCGUGAUUGUCGGAUCGCCGACCCCCUCGAUGUUCCAGAUCCAGAGUCAGCUGAGCUCUCCGUCUCCGCCGGCUAUGCGACCUCCAGGUAGUGCCCAGCGACAUCGGGCGCACAUCGGCCCGCCGCCAACAAGCUACCCGCAACUGCGGUCGCCGAGUGAAGCCGGGUUUACGGAUGCGGCGGAAGAUUUGUUCCUCGAUGGCCGACCCUCGGCGCCACCAGAAGAGGAGUUUCUUCCCGAUGCAACGUCAUUGCCAAUGCCAGCCACCAACCCAGAAGUCGCGUCCUCCAUGAACCUGCGCAGUCCUUUGCUGGCCGGAAUCGUCGACGACACGCCAGAGGCGAGAAGACGGAAUUACACGUCCUUGACUCCAGCAGGAGGCGGCACCCUGACGAGCAGGCCGCCUCUGUGGACAAGUUCCGCCGCCGGCGCAGCUAAUACAACACCAGCAGUCCUGCAGCAACAAAGUAACCAGUCCUUCAACUUCACGGCUCCGUCUUUUCAGCCGAUCGUGACGUCCACAUCGUCGUCCUUCGAUCUCCGUGCAGCCACGACUGCACCGCUAACGCCUCCUUCUAUUAACGUCAAUAUCAACGCGAUCACGAACCGCACACCGCCGAAAUCUAAGAAGGAGCGCGACCUGCCAGUGUGGAUGCAGCAGGCCCUGACGGUGACCAGAAGGAAGUUGCUGACCUCGCACCAGGCGCGCACGAGCUUGAGCUCCUCCGGGUCGGGGGGAUCCGGAGGUGUUCUUGGCAGUGGGGAAACGGUAAAAUAAAUAGGUUUUCGUGAUGAUUCUCCCUUGAUGUUGAACACCAUCCUUGUUCUAUUUCUAUAUGCUAGGGAUCUUCGAAACAGUUGCCCCUUCGACGGAUCAUCAAAGUUGUUCCCCGUGCUGUAGAAGCCGGUUUUAUCGAUGAAAACAAAAAACUCACAUUCCACACAACAGCCACUGGACGCGGUUUCGAAGCUUGCACUCUUUCACGAUUUGUGCAGAACGAAGGGUGGUGGCAUUGAUCAGCUGCGGUUCCAGUCGCUCGUUUCCGAGCACAACCCCGACCUCUCGGACCAGCACUUGGAUGCGCUCUGGCAGGCCUGUGACCGGGACGGAGACGAUCUUUUGAGCUACCAGGAAUUCGCUGAAAUCUUCUGAGGAGCUCGAGGAUGCAGGGAAGUAUUCUCGCGAAAAGAUGUUGUUUGAGGAGUGUCUUUUUCCUUUUGUUUUCACAGUUCUUGAUCUACCACUUUCUUUGUUUACUCAUCGGUGUCUACAACUUUGCUUAAUGUUGAUACAGCAAAAAACAUUUUCCGAACACUAUCUCAUGGGGCCGCGUGACACGGUCCUAUGAAGCCACGAGUAAUUAUCUAAGACUUAGACUAAUUUCGAUCAUCUUUACAUCAAUUUCAAUUUCAAUUCGUUGAACUUUGCUACUCAAGUGCUACUUUUUUCGGUUGGUGUGUGCGUUGACAAGUGACCUCUUGAAAUCGACUGCUUGGUCUUUAUCUUCUUUGAAGUUGUGGUUUUUUUUGUUGAGUUGCCUACAGGAUGAGUUACGUUUACGGCACGCAGAGCGAUCGCGAUGCUUGCACGCCGACAACCAGUCGUCGUUUAUCGUUGAGAAUGACACUCAAGCUACUUUUUUGUGAAACAAGCCUACCUACUUCUUUGCAAACAAUUGAAACGAAGAUCGCUAUGUGCUGGUUUACUUUCAAUGACGCGAUGGGAACGUCGAGGAACUUUUUUUGAUAGAUAUACGUGGAAACAAGCCCGCGGACAGUAUGGUGACACG